AUGUCUGAAUUUUUUCUGUGGUUCUGUGAGAGGGGCUCUUGCCAAAAGGCUGCCCACCAACCAAAGACCCUGCCGGGACCCCAAAAGCAGGCUGUGGCCUCAGACCACCUUGGGCCUCAGCCGUGCAAGAAGAGCGCUCAGCCACUUCUCCCGGACAACCCUGUGAAAGUUGAACCGGAGCGGUUAAAGCUGAGCCCCAAAGGGCCUGCAACGUUGAGCCUAAAAGAGCCCCUGGCCGGUAACGGACCAGCUGAGCCAAGGAUGGGUCUGAACGCGGUGUGGAAGAGAGUGUGUUGUGGGGAGGAAUCCGAGGUGGGCCGAGUGAGACGCCUGGAAGGCGAUGCGAUUGGAAAGAGCAACCAUUCCUUGGGGUGUGUCCCCAAAGGCUUUGGCGGCCGUGCCCCACAACCUCCUAGUUUUAAUGAUAAGCAGCUGGUGAGAAUGCCCAAUGCCUUGAGGGGAAGUGAGCCAGGUGGCCCUCUCCUCGCCCCCCACUCAAAAGCCAAAGGAGACCACCAGCUUGGGGGGCCUACCAGGGUCCCCCCAGGGGCAUUAAAGCUGGGCAUCGUGGGGUCGAAAAGAAGCAAGAAGAUGCCACGCCAGGCCUUCUCCAUCAAAGGUAGGGGCGCUCAGCAUCUGUGCCCGACUGAAUCGUGGUAA